AUGGAUGUGCACCAUAUUCCCAUCCUCUUCCUCCUACUCUUGAGUUCGUUCUGCGAAUCCGACGAUCAGCUCACACGGGCAAAACCACUCACCCACGGCGACACACUCAUAUCAGAGAGCGGGAACUUCGCGCUCGGCUUCUUCUCCACAACCAGCUCCAACAAGAGUUCUUACCUUGGCAUAUGGUACCACAGCAUCCCUGGUCCACGCACCGUCGUGUGGGUCGCCAAUCGAGACAACCCAAUCACCACCUCUUCAUCCGCGAUGCUCUCCAUCACCACCAGUUCUGAUCUGGCGUUGUCUGACUCCAAAGGCCAUGCUAUUUGGAGGGCUACAAGCAGUAUCACCACAGGAGGGGCCGAAGCUUACGCUUUGCUACUCAACUCCGGGAAUUUCGUCCUCCGAUUGCCAAACUCCACGGAUGUAUGA